CUGGAUCCACUUGCAGUGCAAAGACCACAAGCAAGAAGACUCCGAAGCCGGGAGUAGAAUUACCAACAUUUAUACUGGAGCUUAGAGAGAAAAAGACAAGCGAUUCUGCGGACUGUCUGCUGGAGCUCCGAUACAACCAAUUUGUCACUCCGCUAUAAGCCAGUUUCUCUGGAUAUAGCCACUAAACAAAGUUGGUAGUAAACUCUUUGGAGUUUGGUUAGAGUCACAUUAUUUUUUCUUUGCUUGUGAGAGUGGACUGCACUGGAACUUGGGAUCGACCCUCCGCGGUCGGGCUUGGACCUGGCGCAUUCUUUCCGCCGCUUCGAACGCUGCGAAAGUUUUUGGCCAGAGCGCAAGAUCUGAAGACUUCGAGCCGAGUCAGACUUUGAGAUUCACUCAGCCGCUGCUGUGACCGAGUCCAGUGACAAGACACCUGGACGACGGGACAGAGAGCCGCUGACCGGUCUUCAAGCAACACUCAUUCAGUCGAGCACCCUUUCUGAUACAAUUGACAGAUUGUCUGAAGCUCUGAAAUCAGUCCAUCAGUUCUUCAGAGGGGUUGCAAAGAUAAGUCAGAAGAUCUGAAACAAGUGCAGUAACUUGCAACAAAGAAGUCAACAAAAUAACCUGGUGUAACCAGUAACCACAGAAGCACAGAAGAGAGCAGCAGCAUCCUUGAUCUCAGCCGACACAAUGGCGUUGUCAGCUCUCACCGGCCCUUGUGUGGCCCUCCUCUUCCUCCUGUUUGGUUCGACCUCCAGCACUCCCUCUGGCCCAGCCUCUGCAACCUGUGCCACCCUUGAGCAGAGUCGUUUCUUUGGCGUAUUUUCUUCUACAACGACCUUCCCUUCCUCACCAUGCUCUUGGACCCUGCAGAACCCCGAUCCUCGCCGCUACACAGUCUACAUGAAGAUUACAAAGCCCACCGACUCCUGCGUGCCCCGCCAGAUCAGGACCUUCCAGUUCGACUCCUUCAUUGAGACCUCUCGUACCUACUUGGGCAUGGAGAGCUUCGACGAGGUGGUCCGGCUGUGCGACGCUUCAACCACUGUCACCUACCUGGAGUCAACCAAGCAGUUUCUGCAAAUCCGCAAGGUGACACCAAGGAAUGGGCUGGAGAUUGUGGCAGAGGAGAGCGAUAUUAGUGAUUUCAAGGCUGAAUUCCUGGUUGUUGGGAAGAGGAACCCAAGUAUGCCCGCCUGCCAGAUGCUGUGCCAGUGGCUGGAGAAGUGCCUGUCAAGUAGCACCCAUGAUCAUCCCUGUGGCAUCAUGAACACCCCCUGCCAGUGCUGGGAGGCCCCAAAGAGGAAACCAGGAAGCUGCUACAGGGGUGGCGUCUACGUUGAGAAAUGUGUUCCUGUUCCCAAAGAUAAUGGACGUGAUGCUGAGAUUAUCAAGGGCUGGGCUGGUUGGGGCCGCUGGUCUGCAUGCAGCCAGGAAUGUGGUGGUGGAGUCCAGGUGCGCAGCCGAACUUGCCAGCCCGAGAACGACGUGUGUGAAGGAACAGUUGAAGAAGGGCGGGCCUGCAACCCUCAGCUCUGCAUCGGCAAAGAGCGCAACAGGAGCCAGGGUUUAGGGGCCAUCAUUGGUUUGAAGAGAGACGGAACUGCUGAUUCCAACUAUGGAGUUGUUGCAACCCAAACAGAUGCUAAGAAUGAUGAGUGGACCCCUUGGAGUUCAUGUUCAGUCACCUGUGGGGAAGGCUGGCAGAGUCGUACCCGCGUCUGUGCUACUUCCUCCUUCACCACCCAGUGCAUUGGACCCCUGCGUGAGAACAGGUCCUGCAACAACACAGCCGUCUGUCCCGUUGAUGGUGCUUGGGAUGAGUGGACCCCCUGGAGCCUGUGCUCAUCCACAUGCGGCCGUGGUUACCGUGACCGUACCCGCACAUGCAAGCAGCCCCAGAACGGAGGAGAGCCUUGCCAUGGUCCUGCAAAACAAACAAAGUUCUGCAACAUUGCUGUCUGCCCUGUGGACGGAUUCUGGAACGAUUGGGCCGCCUGGAGUGCAUGCUCUGCGUCCUGCUCCAACGGCACCAUGCAGAGAACACGGGAAUGCAACGGGCCAUCCUAUGGUGGCUCUGAGUGCCACGGCAGCUGGAAAGAAACAGCCAACUGCUUCCUGAAAGAAUGUCCCGUUGACGGACGCUGGCAUUCAUGGAGCUCAUGGGGCAGCUGCAGCAAGACUUGUGGUGGAGGCAUUCAGCAGAGACAGAGAGUCUGUGAGGGGCCUUUCUUUGGUGGAGAAUCUUGCCCUGGUGAAAAGGGAGAGCAGAGGCGUUGCAGUGAGAAGAGAUGCCCUGAGCCCCAUGAGAUCUGCCCUGAGCAACACACUGGAGAUGUUGUUUGGAAGAAAACCGCAGCUGGAGAUAUGGCUGCCACUGCUUGCCCUGCUGAUGCCUCAGGUCUGAUUCUGCGCCGGUGCUCUCUGGACGCUGUAGGUCUUGCCUCCUGGGAGACUCCAACUCACAUCAAGUGUGUCUCCAAGAACUAUGAGAACAUUCAGAUGCUGUCGAGGGACUACAUCUCCAAAGCACAGAUGGGGCAGAGCGUGGAUGGGGUUGCUGAGGUGAUUUCACGUCUGAGAUUUUCCUCUGAUGAAGGGACCAAGUACAGUGGUGACCUCUUAGCCAUUAUGGAAACCCUGAAGAACACCACUCAACUGUUCAACAGCUCCAGGCAGAGACUGAGCAACGCUGAUGUUGUGAAUUACGUUCAGACCAUCAGCAACCUGCUGAAGGAGGAACAUCGUGACAAAUGGGAAGAAGUACAGCUGAUGGGUGCCAGUGUUAAAGAAUUCUUCCGCCUGGUCGAGGACUUUGUGAACAUGAUCGGUCUGCAAAUGAGCGGCUUCCAAGACGUUUAUGAAGUGACCGAGAAUUUUGUGCUGAGCAUCCACAAGCGCCCUGCGUCUGAGAUCUCCAACUUCACCUUCCCCGUGAAAGGCUGGAGGGGCAUGCUCGACUGGGUCCGGACCUCAGAGGAGAAGAUUUCUGUGUCCCGUGAUGCUUCAUCCAUUAAACAGACUGAUGGCAAUGAUGCUUUUGUGACAGGCAUCGUCCUCUACAGAAACCUUGCUUCUAUUCUGUCCUUGCAGAGUAACUCCACCCUGCUCAACUCCAAGGUGGUGUCAGUGAUUGUCAAUCCUUCAUCAACUCUCGUGUCCUCCCCAGUCGAGAUCGAGUUCCCCCACCUCCACAAUGGCACCAUAAACGAGACGUGCCUCUCAUGGGACGAGAGCGAAGCUUCCUCUCUGCUUGGCUCUUGGUCUGCUCGGAGCUGCAGAUCCGUCCCCGUUCAUUCAUUCAGAACCAAAUGCGUGUGUGACAGCCCCUCCACCUUCGCCAUUUUAGCGCGCGUCAACCUCGACUCGAUCAUGGACAAGGCACUGCUCCCAUCCGUGACUCUCAUCGUUGGCUGUGGGGUCUCCUCCCUCACCCUGCUGCUCCUCAUCAUCAUCUACGUCUCUGUGUGGAAGUACAUCCGCUCUGAGCGCUCCGUUAUCCUCAUCAAUUUCUGCCUCUCCAUUAUAUGCUCCAAUGCCCUCAUUCUUGUCGGACAAACUCAGGCUCGCAACAAGGUGGUUUGCACUCUUGUGGCUGCUUUACUGCACUUCUUUUUCCUCUCCUCCUUCUGCUGGGUGCUGACAGAAGCUUGGCAGUCCUACAUGGCUGUCACUGGUCGUCUGCGCAACCGCAUUAUCCGCAAGCGCUUCUUGUGCUUAGGAUGGGGCCUUCCUGCACUGGUGGUUGCCGUGUCAGUGGGUUUCACAAAGGCUAAGGGAUAUGGCACUGUCACCUAUUGCUGGCUGUCUCUUGAAGGCGGACUCCUCUACUCGUUCGUUGGCCCUGCUGCAGCUGUUGUUUUGGUGAAUAUGGUCAUUGGUAUUCUGGUCUUCAACAAGCUGGUAUCCAAGGACGGCAUCACCGAUGUGAAGCUGAAGGAGAGAGCUGGUGCAUCACUGUGGAGCUCCUGCGUGGUUCUGCCUCUCUUGGCCCUCACCUGGAUGUCCGCUGUCCUGGCCAUCACCGACCGCCGCUCAGCCCUUUUCCAGAUCCUCUUUGCCGUGUUCGACUCUCUGGAGGGCUUCAUCAUUGUGAUGGUUCACUGCAUUCUGCGUAGAGAGGUUCAAGAAGCUGUAAAGUGCAGAGUAGUGGAUCGCAAGGACGAUGGCAAUGGAGACUCUGGCAGUUCCCAUCACAAUGGCCACACCCAGCAUAUGCAGUCUGAAAACGAAAAGGAUGGAGAUUCAAGCAGACAAGGAAUGAAAAGCUCCUCCGAAGAGAAGAUGCCUCCUCCUCAGAUGCCUCUUCCCAUGGGCUCCAACUUCCACACCCUGCCAUCCAACCCCAGUAAGAGCCACAUGCAGGCCGUUCCUGAAUAUUCCAGCCACACACUCACCCUGAAGAGAGAGAAGAGCAGGCUGGCGGGUGGAGUUGACCCAACCUGCGGGAAACCUGUGUACGUGUGCGAGGGAGAGAUCUUCAAGCAGCUAGAUGCCGAUCUCGCUCGGGCUCAGGUGGAGGGCAGCAUGUCUGAUGGCAGCGGCUAUGUCCUCAUGCCCAACACUACCUCCACCCUGAGGUCCAAGCCCAAAGAUGAUGCAACAAAAUACAACAUCAGCGUGGACCAGCUGCCACAGGCCAGACUGAUGCACCUUGGUGGGCCCUUUGCUGAGCCCCAGGCUGCCUUUGGGAUCAAGACAAUUCCUUGUGACCAGGUCAGCGUGUCGUAUUCAGAGAGAGACUCGCCCAUCCAGAACAUCCACAACAUGUCCAGUGAGUCUCACAUCACCCACAGUAGCCUGGAGAACACCUUCGAGUCUAUGAACUCCAUGAUGUCCAAGAGUGAAACCAUCUCCACGCUCUCCAUGAGCUCCUUGGAGAGACAGAAAUCCCGAUAUGCUGAGUUGGACUUUGAGAAAAUUAUGCACACAAAGAAACGGCACCAGAACAUGUUCCAGGACCUAAACAGGAAGCUACAUCAUGCUGAGAAAGAUAGAGAGUCACCUGCUUCUGACAGCAAGUCUGUGAGAUGGAGUGUGUCUUCUGGUGGAAGUGACAAAACGAACCACAGCGACAAACAGCAGGCACCACUGGAGAGACCAUGGGAGGGAGUCCGGGGAAUACCACAGUCACCUCCAGCAUGGGUGCGCAAAGACAUGGAGCCCCUAGCUGCCUCGCCUCUGGAGCUGCACUCUGUGGAUUGGGAGAAAACCGGCACCACUAUUCCUUUAGUGGGGCAGGACAUUAUCGAUCUGCAGACAGAGGUCUGAGGGAAGGAGGGGGUCUGGCAAAGCCACCUGAUUUCACCUCAGUCACCUUUUUGGUUUGGGAAAGUAAUCCUUUAUGGAUAGAGUAGGGGAUACCAAGAAAGGGGGAAAGUGAGAGAGUAGGCCCCAGAAUCAGUGUCUUCAAAGCCUUAUCCAGAGCAGGAAAUAACAGAGGGCGAGAUGGAGGAGUGACGGUGAAGAUGGGAUGUUUAAUGUAGCUUCUCUGUGUGGACCUCACUCUUGUCACAGUGCUCUGAAAGGCAUAGGGGUUAGUGGAAUGAACAGUGAUCUCCUUGGAUCCGGACCGGUUCCAUUAGGCUUCACCGGGAGUUCCGUGAACCCUUUCGCCUGGGUUUCAGAAGAUGUGGUCAACAUGUCUGUGCUUCUUUUUCCUUCAACUCAACUUUGAAGAAAAAUCUAAUGAUACUGAAACAGUGCAUCCUCCCCGUUUCCCGGAAGGAAUGACUGCAAAACUUUCGGCUGCUUCUCGGCCAGCCAGGUUCCAAAUUAGGACAAGGCAUGAGAGCAAACGGACCAGUUUCAUGUUUGGAGUCCAACACUCGGGCACAUUGUGUGAUGGGCACACACAUUUUAGCUUCACGCCGUUGGUUAUUUAUUCAUUUAUUUUUCAGUUUUUAAGUUUUUGUGUUUAUUUGUACUGAUUCGUACCAGAAACUGCUACAACAGAACUGAAUAUGCUGAUAUUGUUUCUCUCUCUGCUGUUUUCCAUCAGGAUUUUUAGUGCUCCAAUGAUUACCGUCAGUGUUCAGUCUAUUAUUGUUGUUGUCCCUUUUCAAUUCAUUUGAAUUUCUAUUCACCUUAUGACUGUCAGGCACAAGUUUUAUUAUUUUUUGUUCUUUUACAUAACAAUUAUAUCGGCUCCAAGAGAAAAAAAAAGGAUCCAGUUCAUCUGAAAUGUGUUCUAAGCCCAUAUGGACUGCAUCGGGACAAACAUAGUGAGUGGUGAUGGAGGUAGUGGUUCAAUACCCAACAUGUCCUGGUUUCUCCAGCAUUCUGCUUCUAUACUAAACACCAGCACCAGGACGAACACAGACUCUCACACAGGAAGAGCAGUGCACUCUGGGAAAUGCUGUGUGGAAAUGUGAGGAGGUGGUGGUGGACAACGCGCCUCCUCCUCUCAGCUGGCACAAGAGGCAGGCUCUUCCAUGUCGCAUAUAUAUGGAUUCAAGAGGGUCAGUGAGACCUCUCAUCAUCGCCCUUUUGUUUCUCAGCCUUGCAGGACUCUCGGAGCAGGCAGAGGCUCCUGGCACUAAUACGACUUCCUGCCCAGUGCCAGGUCCUCAAGACUUCAACACAUUUGUGUUUUUAGCCAUCAGUGUGAAAUAGUGCAAUAUGAUGGGAUGCUUGAUGCUCAAGCAAGACUGAUAUUGUGAUUUAGGCAGGAGUUUUUUCUUACCAAUGUUUCAAAACUUUUAUACCAUUUUCCUCACAUUUACAGAGCAUAUAGAUGCUUUAUGAGAAUAGUGUUUAACAAAUCUGUUAUAGUAAUUCAAGGAAUUUAUUUGCUAGAGAUUUGUUAGCACAACACUCCAUAUUUGGAGCUGUGACAGAUAGAUAAUUGUACUUCUAUAAAGUCAACAUUAUAUUGAGUGAAUGAUAGCCUAUGAAUAUCUCUAAACUGUGCUUCGGGAUAUCUGUAAUUACUCUCCGCUGUGUAGCGAGGAGUAAAUGAACCUCAUGUCUUCUGUAACAGUGCAUUUUUGAUACCUUUGUCAGUACCUGGACAGUAUUUAUUACCAGCUAAUUGCCCUGUCCCUCCAAAUGCGUCUGUCUUUCCCACAGUCUGAGUCAUACCUCGAGUUACUCGUGUUGAAUACCCAUUUGUAUCUUCUUGUCACGACUUUGUUUUUUAUGUUCUGUCUUUACCUUCGGUAAAUGUACAGUUUUCACAGCACAAAAUGAAUGUGAUUUAUUUCUAAUAAAAAGAUAUCUAAUAUUA